AUGAACAAGGGUAAUAAAAAGUAAAAUGGCUCUUCUGAAUACACAUUAGAAUAAUAUAAGUAACAUUAUCAAGAAUUACUUCAAUAUUCAAAUAUCAUUGAUAACAAAAGUAAGUAGUUAAUUUGUGAAAAAGUGGAAUUAAUUUGUGAAUUUUCAAUUUGGGGAGAUUAAAACAAUUCAGAUUUUUUUGAUUAUUUUUUUGAAGAAAACAUUGCCGAGAAAUUAUUAAAGAUAAUGUAAAGGUCAAGCUUCAAAGAAAUUAUUAUUGGAAUAAUUUAAAGUUUUGCUAUUUUAUUAGCUAAUUUGACAAAUAAAGAAAAUGUAAAUUAUCUUCUGUCUCAUCCAGUCAUUUAGGAUUUAAUAAUGUAUAAUUAUGAUUUCACUGAUGAAGAAAUUGUUGAUUAUUAUAUCUCAUUAUUAAAAAGCUUGGCUUUGAGAAUAGAUGUAGAUAAUGUACAAUUAUUUUUCAACUAAAGAAUGAGUGUCUUUCCAUUAUUGUGGUAAGCAACAAAAUUUUAUAAUCACAAAGAAAUCAUGGUUAGAACUGCAGUAAGAACUAUAAUACUUGGAAUAAUGAAAAUAUAAAACCCUGUAUUAAAAAAAUAUUUGACAAGAUUCCCAUUUAUAUUAUUUUUUGUUCACUUCUCUUGUUAUUUGAAGCAUGUAUGGCUUGAGGCAAACAAAGAAGUUCUAGAAGGAAAUGUUGAUGUUAAAGAGAAAAUGGAUGACUUAGUAGAUGUAUUUUAUUUUCUGAAUGACAUUUAUGCAUUUUGCCCAGAAAUCUCAAAUAUCUUAGACAAUUCAUUAUUAACCUACACAGUAAUUCCAGCAAUGCUAGGAGGCAUUUUAUUUUAGAAAAAAGAAACCUUAUCGAUUUCUUUUACAUUGCAUCUUACAACUCAUUUAAUCAAUAACUUUAAUACAACAAAUUUAUCAAAAAAUAUUCUUUUACUGUUGUUCAGUCCUUCUUUGUAAAAGAAACUCUGUCAUUUACUAGAAUUUAAUGUCGGAUAACCACGAUCUUAUUUAUACUCAUGGAGUUUUAAAAAUUUUUGGGAUUAACAUUAAGAUGUAUUGGUAAGUUAAGCAAAUCAAUUAUUUGAUAUACAAACUUAUGCACAGAAAGAGGAAGCUUGCGAUACAGAAAUUGAAUUAAUAAAUAGAGUUUUGGGCAUUACUGAUAAUGAUCAUGUAUUAUUCUAUUGUAAAUAAUUAUUAUUAAACAAUGGAUAAGAAGAAAUGUCCCAAAACAAAAUUAGAAAUAAUUUAAUGAUUUAUUUACAAACAAAAGAUGAUAAUCUACUCUUUUUAUUAUUAAAUUUAAUAAAAUCAGUUUUAUUGUUUAAGGACAAAGAUAUUUUAAGAAUUUGUUUAUUUUAAGAGGCCAACACGAAUAUCAUAAUCAAAGAAAGAAAUCAAAUAAUAUAUUAACUAUUAGACAUAUUUUUGAUAGAUCCAUCACUUAGAUUAUGCACUAUAAUAUUGACAUGCUAAAUAAUUAUUCAUUUUAUAAAUUUAGAUAAGCUUAUUUUAGAAAGAGAAACAAUUAAUAAAUUAUAUGAAGUCUAUAAUUAUACUAUAAUUAAAAUGAGUUAGAUGAUUAAGUAAAACUAAUACCACGAAGUAGUUGUUUCAUAAUAUGAAAUAAUAUAUAACAAAUACAAUUUAAAUCUAAAAAUUCUGAAACCUAACUUAGAUUACUUAGCAUUCUCUCCUAUAAUAGACAAAUAUGAUGGUAAUGUAGAUAUAAUGUACAGACAACCUGUUGGGUUAAAAGAAAUUGCGAUCAAGGACUUAGCUAUUUUUUUUAUGAUAGAUCUUGUGUUCUUUUAGAUCAUAAGUCAGGAGAAAAUCAAUUAAAAUGGAAAUUCAUAAAUCUUAUAAAAAAUAAAUAUUACAAACUCUUGGAUAAUUGGGUAAAACUAUGAACCACCUGAUGGUUGUUAAUUAUUAUCAUGUCGGAUCUCAGCUAAGACAAUUAAAGAUAAACUUUAGGCUUGUACUUCUGGAGAAUGCUUUUGGAUGGAGGAUGACGAAAACUUUAUCAUCAUGGAAACAUAAAUAGUUAAAAAAGAAUGGGCUCACAUUAUAUAUCAUGCUAAAAUAAAGGAUGUGGAAGCAAUGAUAGAUAGAGGAGAACCAAGAAAAUUAAAUGUUAAUAUUAAAAUUUCCUCUAGCAAUUCAAUAAAGGAAUAAUAUUAAGACGUAUAAUUGUUAUUUGAUGAUUGUACUUAUGCUUAAAAAACCAAGAAGCAUAUUGACGAUACAAGAAAAUCAAAUUCUAAGAAAUCUUCAUAAAUUAUUGAGAACAAGCUUGCUUAGGGUUUAGAAUUGUGUAAUGAUUACUUUAAAUUGCUCAAGUAAUAAGAGCAGCCAUAAUGA